UGUAAAUUGGUUCUCAUCCUAAAUAAGCGAAGUGAUAUAUAAUGUGGCAGAUGAAACAUGAAAAUACGAGUGCACACAAGUUGACACCUUCUGGAGGAUAGUAUUUACGAAGGAACAUUUGAGGUGGCUCCGGCAAUCACGGACUGAUUUUGUGUUUUCGAAGGAGAGGCUAAAAUGGACAGUCGUCAGUGGUUAGGUAUAGAAAAGAGUGACUGAUGAAGGACAGUGGAAGGCGAUAAUAAAAAAGGGUGAUAAAGGUGAAAGACAGACAAGAAGAGAAAAACCAACACGUGAAGAUUAUUUGAUGAAUAUUGAAAGUAUAUAAAUGCCAUGAUAUUACGGGACGAAGAUAGAAUUACACGUGAAGUAAGUACACGAAAUGAGACAAGACGGAAGAGUAAAGAACGGAAACAGUGAUUUAGAGAGAAUGACUGAGCAACAUGAACAAAUUAAUGAGUUAGCAGAAGCGGUGCGGAUAGAAAAUUAAAUAGCAAAUGGCAAGAAUGACUUGGCAAAUGCAUAUUAAGCAGCAUAAAUAGAAAAUUAGCAAGCGGCAGUAUUUAUACCUGCUUCAGAAGCAAUAUUGGAGUGAAAACGGAUCAGGUACAGAGAGUGGGUCAGCGGCGAACGUCAAUGCUCUCGGAAUAUCUGCGAGUGCGAGUGAACUGUUCCUGAGUUAUUGUUCAGCGGUAAUGGACUGAGAGGAACGGAGAGUGCAAGGCCAGGAGGCGCCAAACUGAAUUCUAAAUAUACAACAGCUCGUGUGCACGUUUGUAGCGGGGAAGCCAUGCUGUACGUGGGGGAAGAUAGAGCACGGCGCCGCUCUCGUGGGUCUGAGCUAACGCUGGAUCAUUCCGGUAACGUGAACCAAAGCCUGACACCUGCUACGGCCGCGGGGGAAAAGAUUUUGCAUUGCUGGAAAUAAGGGACCUUGGUUGUGAGUGGCGCUCGGCGGGGAUACGCUGGAUGGAUUCCGGAUUGAGGGAGAAACAUACGUAAACCAAAAUGGUAAAGACAAAAGGACACCGCAUGGUCCUUCUCUCCGGCGUGGUGACUUCGGCCAUCAUGCUGCUCUUCCACCAGACAUUUCUUUCGCGAAAUAAAAAUGCCGCGGAAUUUCAAGAAUGCGGACUCGAUUGCUUACGACACGACACGAAGCCCUUCAUCCUGCAGACGCCCGGAUGCAGCAUCCCCGACUUCGACCCUCUGCACCCCAGUGUUGCCAGAUUUAGGGUGAAGAGACCCAAGAAGUACACUUGCUCCAGACGAAGGCCCCUGACGGAGGUUCGAGGCCUGUCCCUCCUCCUCCACCGGGACCGCGCCGAGGAGUACGGGGUGGCCGAGGACGGGCUCUCGUGUGUGUACCAGGGCAUCGUCAGAGUGGAGCAAGAUCCCAAAAACUUCACCAUGGACUGUGAUAAAAAAUUUGGCCUGAAGAAGAAGGUCCUCCUCCGAGACGCCGUCACGCCCAUAGAUGAGGACGGCGUCUUGGUGUCUUGUCACAGCAACGUAAAGAAACUCUAUGAAACAGUCCAUUACUUCCUUCAACCCCGAAGAUCCGAAGCAAAGAGAAAACGUUUUCAGGAGAAACAUGGCGACCAUCGACAAGAUAUGCUGAGCGUCUUGAUCAUGGGCAUUGACUCCGUGUCUCGCGCCAACAUGCGACGCAACAUGCCCAAGACGUUCCACUUCCUGAAGGACGAGCUCGGCGCUCUCGACUUCCAAGCCUUCAACAAAGUGGCCGACAACACCAACCCCAACAUGGCCGCUUCACUGAUGGGACUCACUGAGAAGGAGUUGACUGAGACCUGUCAGCCGAAGCGUACGAAAUUUGACGACUGUCCCCUCAUCUGGAAGAAUUUCUCUGACGCAGGAUAUAUUACAGUGUAUGGAGAAGAUGACCCUUAUUCAGGAUCCUUCCAUUACAAUAGGUAUGGGUUCGUUAAAGAGCCCACUGACUACUACAACCGGCCUUACAUGUUAGUUUCUCACUCGUACACAAAACACAAUGCAGGGCUGUCCGGAAGCUUUGUACUUUGUUUGGGAGGAGAAAAGAGCAUAUCUGUUAUCCAUGAUUAUUCCCUGGCUGUUGCAAAUACAUUCCGAGACACGCCGUAUAUUUCCUAUUACUGGAACACAGGCAUAACACAUGACCAAGUAGAAUGGGCGUCAGCCACUGACCUGCCCUCACUGGAGUAUCUGAGAAAACUAAAUGAGAGUGGCGUGUUGGACCACACCAUACUGUUCUUCAUCAGCGACCAUGGAAUCAGGUUUGGGGACAUCAGACUGACCUACGCCGGCCUGCUAGAGGAGAGACUGCCGUACUUCUUUGUGCUGUUUCCCCCAUGGUUCAAGGAGAAGUACCCUGAAGCCUGGAAGAACCUCAACACCAACACGCAAAGACUCGUGUCCAACUUUGACUUCCAUGUAACACUGGGAGACAUCCUUGCCAGAGCAUAUGAGAACAAUUUCACCAGUAUGCCAACGAUGCCACAUGGACAGAGUUUGUUCCAAGAGAUCCCGGACAACAGGAAUUGCGAAGACGCUACCAUACCAGAACACUAUUGUACUUGCGAACGUUCCAAACAAGUAGAAGCCAAUCACCCACGUCUUCGCAAGGCUGCAGAAUUUGUCGUAAACCAACUUAAUUAUGGAAUGGAAGCGUUUCCUGGGUGCAUCAAGCUGCAUGUGGCAGAUGUAGUCAGAGGUCGACUGGGACAGAAUCGUAAAGGCGUUCGACCGGACGAGGCCAAGACGAAGACUAUUUCUGUCGUCUUUACCACCUUGCCGGGCAACGCUAACAUGGAGGCGACAGUGAGACAGUACGAGGACAACUUCGAACUCACAGCCGACGUCUCGAGGAUCAACAAAUACGGCAACCAAAGCCACUGCAUCUCCGACCCCUUCUACGCGAGAUACUGUUACUGCAGAGACUUGCUGCCCUCUGAAUCCCCCCCAGUGUCCAUGUAGAUGAAUCCCUCGUCCUCGCGAAACUAAUCAGACGAUAUAUAUUUAUAGAUCGGGAUGGGAAAUAUUAAUGUCAUUUAUUGUAUAUUGUUUACUUGCGGAGCGGACCAUCUCUUGGGGUAGAGUGAAUGACUUCAAGGAAGAAGAAAGAUAACAAAGAAUAUGUGUAUAUAUUCAGAGAGAUGAUUAUAUGUAUAAGCUGUAUAGUAAGCAUUAUCAUGUACAAAUUAGUGUUAACUGUGUAUUGGAUGCGUUGUAGCAAGUGCUGAACCAGUGCUAAUGUCUUCGAGCCACGAGGGUCCCGCUGUGACGGUGGAAUUUGGAAAAUCAACGAAAACAGUGAAAUUCCUACCAAAGAGCCAAGAUUAAAGGCCUUAGAUUUACUUGCAGUGCUCACGAGUGCAGGUGUUUUGGUGAUAUAACAUUGCAUUUUGGGAUUCUUGCAACUCCACUGAGGAAGUAGGACUCACUCGAGUACAGGACACUAAAGGAAGUUUUAAAAAGGCCUUAAACAAUUUGAUUUAACAGAGGAUUAGGGAAAUUUAUAUAAACUUUUAUAGAUAUUUAUUUUUAUUUAGCAGAACCCUUAUCUCACUAAUAUAAAAUGUAGCAAUGAAAUUAACAUUAUAACAGUAUUUUGGUCGAGAAUGCAUAUUUUAUAUAAAAAAGAUAAAAUGGUUAUAAAGUGAAUUAUUAGGAUCAUAGCAUUUAUUUUUUCUUUUCGCAUUUAUAGUGUUUUCAGUUACAAGAAAAAGCAAGCGUGAUACAUAACAGAGAAAAGGAACGUGAUGAUUUUCUGUAACAUAGUCCUUUUAUGAAAUGCACAGAGUGUAAAGUGAUAAAAUGAAAGAGAAAAAUCAUAUGUGGUAGUCAUGAAUACACACCUGUAAACAAUUGUCACACACACGUACACUCUUGCGAUGUAUAAUUUCGUUAUAAAAUUUGCAUUUAUCGCACACAUGUCCAAAAAGAGAGAAAAAAUUUAAUUUUGUACUUUAUUCAUCUCUGAAAAAUAACAUGAAUAUAAUAAGAUAAGAAGUGUAUACAAACACCGGUGUCAUUUCUAUCAUUGCAAAGCUAAGAAUUCGCAUUUCAUUAUUUAACGUGUAAAGAAACUGUCUUUAAAGCUGAAUAUUUAGAUAGUUGUCGAUAUGACUGAAUACAACUCAGACUAGUGUUUGUAUAUACGGAAAAAAAUGUUGAUUGUGAUGUGUUUCCUGUCUAAGCUUUGAUUUCUAGAUAAAAAUAAUUUAUAUGGAUAAAUGGCUGUGAUGUGCUUAUUUUUCUCUUUUAUCAUAUUUUCUUUAACAUUUCAUAUCAAGGCUUUUAAAUGUAUAUAGAUUUGUACCAUAUGUUUCUGUAGUAUUAUAUUGUACUUAGAAUGCAUUCUGUAUUUUCUUCAAUAAAAUAUUCACAAAGUG